CAUCAUUAUAAUAGUAAUAAUAAUAAUAUAAUAAUAAUUCUAUUAAAUGCUAUCAGAGAGAUUAGAUGGGUCGUUUGAAUCGGUCUGAAUCUCAUCAGUUGGCCCCAUUUGGAGAUCCAACAGCUCUGUCGUAGUUAAUGAAUCGGGUCGGGCCCCCCACUCUCAGCCCACUCCCUUUUCCCUUUCCUCCUUAUUCGGCCAACUCUUCACAUUCCUUAAUAUCAGCCACUUCUUCUCUCUGUCUUUCACACAUACACACACAGUUCAUAGAUAAAGAGAUCAUUCAAGUGUUUCUUACCAAAAUAGAUAGAGAAGGGGGAGAUUAGGCAAAUCCCUCUUUUUUUUUUCUUUUUUUUUUUCCUUCUGAAUUUUCACCAGACAUUUGUCAUCAUCAUCCUUGGAAAAAAUAGUUUUUGCCCACCUCGUAUCAUUUCUUGUUUUUGUCCAAGAAACGUUUUUUCUCACUCGUACGUAUCAGAGAAAUGGAGGGAUAACUUGUUUGUGUUAUUAUAAGAUAAAUAUAAUAAGGAGGUGUUGUAUGUCAACACGCAGCUACGAAACACUUGUAAAUGUAUAAAUUUAUGUAGAAACUGACAAAACCGUGAGGAUCCUCUUUGUAUUUUAGCGUAUUUUUAGAGAGUUUGUACAGACAAAAACAAGUUGUUAAAAGUGGUUAGAAAAUUCAAAAAAAGGGGGCUUUCCGUAUUUAAUUUAAGGUGCAGAUUUCAGAGACAUAAAGGAGAAAGCCAGCAGCUUGUGUAUGCAGAGGAAAUAGCAGAGAAGAGAAAUGGCGAGAAUUGGAGGGAAAUGGGGUGUUGUUUUAAGGCCUGUUUUGACUGUUGUAUGGAGUUUUCUGUUAGCUGCGAUCUUUGUUUCAGCUGAAAGAAGCUUGAGAGACGAAAUUCCAGCUUCAGCCUAUAACGCCACAGGGCAUACGGAUUUAAGCAGAUUUUCUAUGUUGUUGAACUUUUUGUGGAAGGUGGAUGAAUCAGGGUACAAGCAUGUUUGGCCUGACAUGAAAUUUGGAUGGCAAAUUAUUGUUGGUAGCAUCAUUGGAUUCUUUGGAGCUGCAUUUGGCAGCGUAGGUGGUGUUGGUGGUGGCGGCAUAUUUGUUCCUAUGCUUUCGUUGAUUAUAGGAUUUGAUCCAAAAUCAUCAACAGCUAUUUCAAAAUGUAAGGAAAAUGGGAACUUUAGUUAAUAUUGACUUCAAGUUUGAAUCAUAUGAAACACAAUUCAUUUCAGAACAUCGCCACAUAAUUUAUCUUAGUAGAAGUUGGAAAGACAUAACAGACCCUAUAUUACCACCAUUCAAGAGCGUGUCAUUUCAUGUAUGAACCCAGUUGAAAGUUAUGAUAUCUUUUGUUGUUAACUUUUGUGUCAUUUGCACCUUCAGGUAUGAUAAUGGGAGCUUCAGUUUCGACUGUUUAUUAUAACCUGAAGUUAAGACAUCCAACACUUGAUAUGCCCGUUAUCGAUUAUGAUUUAGCAGUUCUUAUUCAACCAAUGCUCAUGAUGGGCAUAAGCAUCGGAGUUGCUUUUAAUGUUGUUUUUGCUGACUGGAUGGUUACAGUCCUUCUAAUCAUCCUCUUCCUGGGCACAUCAACGAAGGCAUUUCUCAGGGGUGUUGAAACUUGGAAAAAGGAGACCAUAAUGAAAAAGGAAGCUGCAAAGCGUCUGGAAGCAAAUAGUAAUGGUCAGGGAGAAGCAGAAUACAAGCUUCUUCCUAGUGGCCCUGGGAAUGAUACACAGAAGGAGCCUGUCGAACCAGAGGUCUCCAUCAUUGAGAAUGUUUCCUGGAACGAAUUUGGACUCCUAUCUUUCGUGUGGAUAGCUUUCCUUGUUCUGCAAAUUGUCAAGAACCAUACAACUACGUGUUCAGCGAUAUAUUGGGUGGUCAAUUUGCUUCAGAUACCAGUUUCUUUGGGAGUAUCAUCAUAUGAAGCAAUCAACCUGUACAAGGGAACAAGAACUAUUGCAUCAAAAGGAGAUGCUGGCACCAACUUAAAAGCUCACCAACUGGUUACUUAUUGCUUCUUUGGUGUAUUGGCUGGUGUAGUUGGAGGACUGCUUGGUCUUGGCGGAGGCUUUAUAAUGGGUCCACUCUUUUUGGAGUUGGGAGUACCUCCUCAGGUCUCAAGUGCAACCGCCACCUUUGCAAUGAUGUUCUCCUCAUCAAUGUCAGUUGUCGAAUACUAUCUGCUAAAACGUUUUCCUGUUCCUUAUGCACUUUACUUCAUCGCUGUCGCCACUGUUGCUGCUUUUAUCGGACAACAUGUUGUGCGAAGGUUCAUCCUUCUAUUGGGUAGAGCGUCACUGAUUAUCUUUAUACUGGCCUUCACCAUCUUUGUCAGUGCAAUCUCUCUAGGUGGAGUGGGCAUUUCAAACAUGAUUGGGAAGAUCGAGCGCCAUGAAUACAUGGGAUUUGAGAACCUUUGUAGGUACAAAGGUUAAGAAUGGUGCCUCCUCCAGUUACAAGAAUAGCCUCAAAAUUGUAUUCUUUCUCAACUUACAGUUUACAGGAUACGUGAAAAUUAAUGUCUGGAUGUUAAUGAAAGACUUUUCUGCAACUGUUGCCAACCACUUGAAAUACAUGUUGCUCCCUCCGGUCCUUAUAUGGCAUUUUGACUUUUUCUAAAUCUUUCUUAGUACACAUUUUUAAUUGACAAAAAAAAUUUAAAAAUAUAUUUUUACAUUGGUUGUGUUCUCUUGAUUGUUAUGAUAUAUUUUAAAGGUUUUUUCGUCAAUUAAAAAUAUGUAUUAGGUUAAAUAUAAGACAAAUCAAAAUGUCUUAUAUUAAGGAUCGGAGGAGUAUUAAAUGAGAAUUAUAAAACC